AUGGAACCUUUUGAAAACGAUGAAUCGGACGAUGACUCAAAUGAUUCAUCCACCAGUCAAAACAGUGAUGGAAGUGAUUUCAGUUUUGAUCCUGAUGAAUUAGCAGAUGAUCUGGAUGAACUUGAAAUAUUAAGUGAAUACUCUACUGGAAAUGAAAUGGACGUUAAUUCUAUAAGUCAAAGUCAUCUGGGUCAGGGUGGUUUUACGUCAAUAUCUUCCAACGAUGUAACUCCGAUUUUAGUGUUCAGGAAAUUUUUCACGGAAGAAAUUUUUAAUCUAAUUGUCGAUCAAACAAAAAUUUACGGGAAGCAAAAGAAACGAAGGAAUAGUCGGAAUAAUAUCGAUCCCUUGGAUGAUGUGAUAAUGAAAGAUAUUGAAUCGUUUCUUGGAAUAAUCAUCGUCAUGGGAAUCAAUAGCUUACCGAGCAUGAAGCACUACUGGAGUAAUGACAAUGUUUUCCAUAAUAGCUUUAUCUCUUCAAUUAUGUCAAGAAAUCGCUUUCUUCAAAUCUUUUAUAAUCUACAUCUUGCUGAUAAUUUGUCGGAGCCAAAAAGCGGAUCAGCUGACUGCAGUAAAAUUUACAAAAUAAAGCACUUUGCUAAAAUUUUACUCAGGAACUUCUAG